CAUGGAGGCUGUACCAGAGAAGAAAAAGAAGGUUGCCGCUGCGCCAGGAACCCUUAAGAAGAAAAAGGUUCCUGCGGUGCCAGAAACCCUUAAGAAAAAGCGAAGGAAUUUCGCAGAGUUGAAGGUCAAGCGCCUGAGGAAGAAGUUUGCCCUGAAGACACUGCGAAAGGCAAGGAGGAAGCUCAUCUAUGAGAAGGCAAAGCACUAUCACAAGGAGUACAGACAGAUGUACCGGACUGAGAUUCGCAUGGCUAGGAUGGCGAGGAAAGCUGGCAACUUCUAUGUGCCCGCAGAACCAAAAUUGGCCUUUGUCAUCAGAAUCCGAGGUAUCAAUGGAGUGAGCCCAAAGGUGCGCAAGGUGCUGCAGCUGCUCCGUCUCCGGCAGAUCUUCAAUGGCACCUUUGUGAAGCUCAACAAGGCUUCAGUGAACAUGCUGAGGAUCGUGGAGCCCUACAUUGCAUGGGGGUACCCCAACCUGAAGUCAGUAAACGAGCUCAUCUACAAACGAGGCUAUGGCAAAAUCAAUAAAAAGCGCAUUGCCUUGACAGAUAACUCCUUGGUUGCUCGAUCUCUUGGUAAAUUUGGCAUCAUCUGCAUGGAGGAUCUAAUUCAUGAGAUCUAUACAGUUGGAAAACGCUUUAAGGAAGCAAAUAACUUCCUGUGGCCCUUCAAACUGUCUUCCCCACGAGGUGGAAUGAAGAAAAAGACAACUCACUUUGUAGAAGGUGGAGACGCUGGCAACAGGGAAGACCAGAUAAACAGGCUUAUUAGACGGAUGAACUAAGGUAUUGCCCGUGGUAUUUUUAUAAUCUGGUCGGUUAAUAAACAGUCACAGCUUGGCAAAUUGAAA